ACAAAUUCCAUGAUGUAGACAAGCAAACAAAAGGCGAAACCAAGAAACCAAGCCGACCGGUAAGCGUUAAUAAUCGCAUUGACUCAACAGUUCAGCGGUUCACGUUAAAAGACACCCCUCCCACGCAUUUCAAACUUUUUCUUUUAUCCCUCCCGACCCCACUACAACAUAAGAACUUGAAAAUUCAGAAAUGCACCCCGAAUUUUUUCAGAUCAAACUCUCCAAAGUCCAACUGAUCCAACAACCAGGGCAUUCUUAAUUUAUCGAGAAGGGCUUGUUGUUCUCAUAAUUACAAAACAGUAAUCAAAUCGGAAAACCAACCAGUUAUGCCGGCGUAGAAGAGUGAAGGUGUGGAAUGACGAUGGACAGAGAGAAGGAGAGGGAGAUAGAGUUAGAGAGUGCAAUGUACACUAACUGUUUGUUACUAGGUCUGGAUCCAUCCAUCAUUGGAAUCGGAGCUAACAAUGGCACUCCUCGUGUUGGACUCUUUCGUCAUUCAAACCCUAAAUUGGGAGAACAGCUUCUUUACUUCUUACUUUCUUCUCUUAGAGGCCCUGCUCAAUCCGCGAAGGAUUUCGAUAAGGUCUGGCCUAUAUUUGAUUCAGCUCAAUCUCGUGAUUUUCGAAAGGUUGUGCAAGGAAUUAUAAGCGAGUUGGAAUCCCAGGGGGCGCUUCCUAGAAGCAAUUCGAGGGUCUCAUCUCUUGCGACGUGUUGUGGACCGAGAUUUGUUGAACUUCUGUGGCAACUCUCACUGCAUGCCUUGAGGGAAGUUCAUAGGCGAACAUUUGCUGCUGAUGUAGCUUCUAACCCAUUACCUGCUUCAUUGACAGAUGUAGCUUUCUCACAUGCAGCCACCUUACUUCCUGUAACCAAGGCUAGGAUUGCACUUGAAAGAAGAAGGUUUCUGAAAAAUGCAGAAACAGCAGUUCAAAGACAGGCCACAUGGUCUAAUUUGGCUCAUGAGAUGACAGCUGAGUUUCGAGGCCUUUGUGCUGAAGAGGCUUAUUUGCAGCAAGAACUUGAAAAACUGCAUGAUGUUAGAAACAAAGUAAAGUUGGAAGGUGAACUGUGGGAUGAACUUGUAUCAAGCUCGAGCCAAAACUCGCAUAUGGUCCAAAGAGCUACUCGCUUGUGGGACUCUUUGCUAUCUCGCCAAACUCAGCACGAGAUUCUCGCUUCUGGCCCAAUAGAGGAUCUUAUAGCUCAUCGUGAGCAUAGGUAUCGUAUAUCUGGGUCAGCUUUGCUUGCAGCCAUGGAUCAAAGUUCUGUAGCUCCACCUCGUGAUUUAGUUCCAUCACAUCUAGAUAAUAAAGAUCAAUCUGAAAGAUCACAAGCAGAUUUUAAUAGAGAAAAGCAUGUGAACAAUCCAGAUUCUUCUCAUACUCAAGCAAAUGAUGAGAGUUUUUCUCGAGUUGAUGAAAGGACUGCAAGAGCCCAUCCAACUAUUGAUAUAGCUGAAGUUUUGAGGCGUUGGACACAUGCCCUACAACGAAUUCAUAAGCAAUCACUUCAAUUGGCAAAAGUAAAUGACGGAGAGGGUCCAGAGCUUCUGAGAAGUUCACAUGAUGGUGGUACAGACAGUCACGUGGAAUCCUUGGCUGCAACACUUGCUGAACAUAGGCAGCACCUAGCAAGUAUACAGGUGCUCAUAAAUCAACUGAAGGAAGUUGCUCCAGCUAUAAAGAAUUCAAUUACGGAGCUGACAGAAGAAGUUGAUAGUAUUUCGUCCAGUCUUCUCCCCAUGGCCACGCAUCAUGCUAGAUCACAUUCACUGGUCCAAGCACAGAAUAGCAGAACGAUAUCGGAGAACAGCACCGAUGAGGUAGCUGAGAUGACCUCAAAAAUGUCAUCCAUGCAUUUUGAAAAGGCAUCAGCUACAGCCAGUCCCCCUGCUUUAAAGCUCCCACCUUUGUUUAGUUUAACACCAAAUUCUUCUGGAAAAGGUGGGAACAUGCAGAAGCGACAUGUCUCAGCUCAGACCAGCCAAAUAGAAAAUCUGCAUGAGAAAAAAUCUCCAGAUCUGCCAAUUUCAAAUAAUUCAAUGGAUAAUCCGCGACAAGCAGAUGAUGACCUUAGCUUUGUCAAAAAUUUGAAGAGAUCCGUCAGAGAAGCUGCACUUUCCUCCCAAUCUUACUAUCCAGAAUCAUCUCAAGAUAGUCGUUCUGAUGAUAGCUCUGAGCACUAUUUCAUACCUGUACCCGGGGUUGGGUUUCCUCAUCUUGGUAGCAAACCAAACUUAUUGAGAAGUAAAAAGCUGCUCGCAUCUGAACCAGAUUCAUCUUUUUAUGGGAACCAUCUUCCACAAAGUCAUGUGGGCAUCAAGUCAGAUGGACUUCCUGACUUAUUUAAUGAUCUGCGGUCUCUUGAUGACUAUGAUGGCAUAGAUAGUUUUCUGUCAACCAUGGGUUCAAACUCUUCAGUUUCUGAUGCUUGCAGGUCAUUUUAUGAUAUGGAGGAAGCUGAAGAACAAGUAUUUUCUCCUCCUUUGCUUAUGGAUACAUCACUGUUGGCAGAGUCAUACGAGGAUUUACUUGCACCUUUGUCAGAAACUGAAACUGCGUUAAUGGAGCGCUGAGAUCAAAGUUCAAAUUGCCUUGCUGCUCAGCCUACAACAGAUGCUCAGAAUCUUGUACUUCCAAUCUUUCAGUGGUUUGGGAUAACCUCCAACUUUCUUUCUUCAUUUGUUUAUGCUUAUCCUCUUCACGCGGCGUCUCAUCUUGUUUUGAGGAGCAGAGGGAAUUUGACAUCUCGACAUUUCUUAAAUCAGCUUGACAGACUGUUGUGAUCUUUAAAUGUUCACCCACCACUGUCAACCUGGGUUCAUAAAAAUAAAGCUCUUCUGGAGGAGAUCACCAGAACUGCACCAGAUGUGUAAUGUAUUCUUUACUGAAGGGAAAAAGUGCCAUCUUACUUUUGUGAUUGCUACACUUCCAUCUCUUGGCAGUUAAGCUUAUGUUCAUCACCCUCUGUCAGUUUAAUAGUAAGAUUUAAUUGUAGAUAAGUAAUUAUUAUGCCUUUAGUUGAUCCAGACAGUAAAGAAAUGUUCAGUUAAUGCGUGGAUGGAAAAUUGAGUCUCCCUACUGCACUGCAAGACCUCUUAGUUUUCCCUUGUUAUAUAUUAACAAGCCUGUGUAUAAGCUUCUUCAGCUUUCUGGCGAAGGAUUUAAACUUCUGUCCUAUAUUCUUUGGUGUGUUUGUACUUGGAGACAAUUUCCAUGUCUCUUAAAUCUGUACAACUAUAAGUUUGAAGCUUUUAACAACCCUUGUUGUAGUUGUCUU